CGGAAGUAGUUUUAUUGUGCCGUACUAGUACACCGUAAAGCCUCGGCGUUACGUGUGUGUUAAAACAUGGGAUAGAUGAGAAAACUGAGCGGUAUGCAACGGUGAUCCAGGAAGCUGGGUCUCGGGUCAGUGCUGUCGCUCCCUCGGUGGACACGGGAGUCCCGCUCUUUGGCAGAGAAACCCCCAGCAUGGACCUCUGUCCACAACAACCGGCGCCGCUGUUUACAUUCGGCGCGAUCGCCGACAUUCAGUACGCGGACAUUGAUGACGGAUUCAAUUUCUCCCGGACAACGAAGCGGUACUACCGGAGCAGCCUGCAGCUGCUGCGGAACGCCUUGGAAAGUUGGUCCCGCUCGGCUGUCAGGCCCGACUUCAUCCUCCAGCUCGGGGACGUGAUCGACGGCUUCAACAAGCCCAGCGGCGCCUCGCAGCGAGCGCUGGACGCGGUGGUGCGGGAGUUCGCCUCCUGCCCGGUCAAGGUGCACCACGUGUGGGGCAACCACGAGUUUUAUAACUUCAGCAGGCGCCAGCUGAUGGGGUCGCCGCUGGACAGCAGCCUGUACGCGGACCGGAGGCCGAAGCAGGGUGACAUCUACGCCUACAAGUUUAGCCCGUUCCCCGGGUUUGUAUUUGUUGUUCUGGACGCCUACGACGUGAGCCUGCUGGGCAUACCGGAGUCCAGUGAACGUUACAACAAGGCCAUGAAUCUGAUUAAGCUGCACAACGACAAGGAGGAUCUCAACUGUCCGCCAGAGUUGCCGUGCCACAGUCGGUUUACGAUGUUUAACGGCGGGUUCAGUCAGGAACAGCUGGACUGGCUGGACUCGGUGCUGUCAGUGGCGGACGAGAAACAGGAAAAAGUUAUUCUCGUCAGUCACAUUCCAGUGCACCCCGGUUCCACGGACUAUGUCUGCCUCGCGUGGAACCACGAGGACCUCCUGGCCGUCACUCGCUCCCACAGCUGCGUGGUGUGUUAUAUGGCUGGCCACGCCCACAGCGGCGGCUACUGCCUGGACACAGGCGUGCACCACCUGACGCUGGACGGGGUGAUCGAGACCCGACCCGACAGCGACGCCUACGCCACGGUCUCCGUCUACCCGGACAGGAUGGAGCUGACGGGGAGCGGCAGGGUCAUGGACCGGGUGUUUCUGUUUUCCUGAUGACUCGGCCUAUGUGGCGGGGGGACGGUCACGUCAUUAAAAUGUUCCGCACAUUUUCUGCCAGAUUUUCUGGGUCACUUUAAUUGACGCGAUGUACGUCUCGUAGCGGAAGACCGACAAACGAAGUAGGAAUAUGCAGCUUAUUAAGCAAUGUCUCCCAAAAUGUCUUGCACUUGAAUUUGAAUCGAAAAUAAUUGCGUUUGCACAUUUAUUUAUAUAGGAGUAUUUUCAAAGAAAUUCAUGUUGGUGUUGGUUUGUAUCCCACUGUACAGAACUGAGGUUCUACUAAUGGGUAGUUGUGCACUGACGUAAGCACAGAUCUCUAAGAUUUUACUCUGGAAAUCCGUGACUAUAAUAAUAAUAAUAAUAAUAAAAAAAACAUUUAUAUAAUAAGUGUUGAGUUGAAUGGA